CCUCUGAUCCUGGAGAGCCCUCCCUAUCCCAUAACUGAGGGAGAGUCUGUGACUCUCAGUUGUACAAAUAGAUAUCAGGAAACAAACCCGAACCCCAAGYUUGAUUUCUACAAAGAUGGAGUACUCAUCAGGAAUGAUACCACAGGAGAGAUGACCAUCCCUGCAGUUUCCAAGUCAGAUGAAGGCUUCUAUAAGUGUAAAUCUAAUGAAAGAGAAUCACCAGAGAGCUGGGUGACAGUGAGAGGUGUAACUCCUGGACCCUCUACAUCAGUCCUAGUAGGAAUGGUUGUGGGCCUGGUUGUUGCUGGUGUUCUACUGGCCAAUCUCCUGGUACUGCUGUGUCGAUAUAAAAAUGCCAGAGGUUCCUGUUGCAACAGAAUAUUCUGGCCCCCCCAGCCCCAGAGGACCAACCUGGACCCCCAACAGGACCAAGGAUCUACCCAGGGCCAGGCUCCUGAUGCUGGGUAUACACGUCUGCAGCAUGGUGGCGCUAACAUCUAUGAUACAAUCACGCCCUCAGACAGUAAUGACAAUGAUGCUGGUGCUGCUACUGCUGGACCAAGUGAUGUGAUGUACGCCCAGAUUCAACUCAAAGAGUUGGACAAGAAAAAGAAAAAAAUGACAGCUGAUCCAAAAGAAAAUCCAGUCUAUUCUGAGGUCAAGACAGGGAAGACCACAGCAGCAACUGGACCUGUUGAUGUGACCUAUGCUGAGGUUGACCUUAAACAGAAGGCCAAAGCCAAGAAGAAGAAAGAAUAAGAGGCAGAUUCGGUCUAUUCUCAAUUGAAGCCAGUCACAGCCCCAAGUACCUGAGGGAUGGAGGUAUGGAGGGAUGGAGGGACGAAGGGAUGGAAGGACACACCAUCAGAGGAGGAGGAGGAACCCGGAACAUGGAUUCUACGCUCAACACACACAAGCAAACACACACAUGCACAAACACACACGCAAUAACAGCUUGUACAUUAAGGCGUUCUUACUUAUUUUAUUUACUUAUUUUAUUGUAUUUAAGCAUGGUUUAAUUGUGUUUCACUGUAAAAGCAUCUUUUUUUUACUAUAUGGUGCAAUGAUGAUGCAACUUAUCUGCAGCUACUGCAAUUGUAUCUGCUUUGUAUUGUGUAUUGAGUUUUAUUGUUGAUUUAUUCAGAUGAUAGGAUAACAUAAUUGUAUAUGAAUUUCCCAAAAAGUAUUAUUCACGUUUUCUUCUAAUGGCCUGUACUUUUACAAUAUCUUUGCAUUGUGCUUUUUUAAUAA